GGGAAGAAAAAAGAAGGGGAGAAGAAGAAUGAGAGCGUUAUCUAAGACAAGCCAGGGUAAAAGGGCACUAUACAAAGGUCAAUGCAGGGAAACUAUGGUAUCGGUACCGCAGACCACGCGCGCAUUGAACACAGGGCUAUACCAGGAGAAAACUUCCGAAUCACAAUGACGAAACGAGAGGGAGAAAAAAAAAUGCAAUUAACAAGAAGAAAAUAAAAGAAAGAAAGAAAGAAAAACGAAGAUGAAAAGGAAAAGAGGAGAGAGAGAAGCACGACGUUGGGAGAAUCCGCUUCAAGGUAGGUGAAUAGUAUGAGAGAGGAAUUAAUACGGGAUGAAGGGAGGGAUGGAAGAGGGGAAGGAAGGGGAGGAGAACAAGGACCAAAAGAGCAACAAGAUGAUGAGGAAAGAUGCGAGUAGAGGAAGAAAGAGAGAAGAGAAAGAAAGAGAGAGAGAGAGAGAGAGAGAGAGAGGAAAGAAGAGAGACAGAAAUGUCGGAGGCGAAGAGGAAAGGAUCGUUGGGAUACCAAUCGAUCAGAGAGACGGAGAGAGAGAGAAUCAAGAGAAUGACGGUGUGGAUGCGGAAAGAAUCGAGAACCAGAAACGGACUAGAGCUAGACUAGUUUGACCCAAAGAACUGCCAGUUGCUGCAGUGGAUUAGAAUAUUCUUUACCAGGGAAGUGGAAUCGACUGAUCCAGUCCCAGUCCGGAGGCGAAUAUUAAUAACCGAUUCUUAUAAGUAGACACUACCCUGGGAACCAUUU